AUGACCCGAGUUACUCUACCCUCCAUUGCAUACAUUGCAACACAGGUCCAUUUUUCACUCACCUCAUCUCCUGUGUUCUUGCAUAUGGACACAGUCACUGACUCGGAAAGGUUCUACAACUCCGUUUUGGAAGUGUUUGAGGACCUGGAUGAGAAACAAGAGAUAGAUGACCUAGUUGUCUGGUGGAAUAGGUAA